CGCGGAAGCUGGUGUCGAAGCGUCCUAGUCUGAGAUCGUUUGGACGGCCGAGCGCGUAUUUUGUUUACGUCCCGUUGUUCGCGCGGAUGAUGCAUCGGUGUUUGCAUCAGUGGUUUCGCUUCGUCCAGGCUCUGGUGUCAAUCGGUUGUUGAAGGGAAAAAGUGCUGUAGAGUGUAUGAGUUGAACUGUUUUUAGCGACAAUUAUGGAGUUGGUGUUUUGCACUUGGCCAAGUGGGAUUACGGUGCUGGUUUGCUUUGCCCUGAUGUCGAUUUGUGUGGCAAGCGGUGGUGGCUCGUCGGGAGUUUAUUAUGGAUCCCUCCGCUCGCCAAGAAUAACCGAACAUCCCUCGGACAUAAUAGUGGCAAAAAACGAGCCGGUGACACUAAACUGCAAAGCCGAAGGUAAACCAGAUCCCACCAUCGAAUGGUACAAAGAUGGCGAAUUGGUGAAAACGUCGCCCACCGACAACAAGUCGCAUCGCGUCCUGCUGCCAGCAGGCUCGCUCUUCUUCUUGAGGACGAUGAACAGCAAAAAGGAGCAAGACGCGGGUGUUUAUUGGUGCGUGGCCCAAAAUAUGGCCGGAACCGCCACCAGCAGGAAUGCCACGUUACAAGUAGCUGUUCUUCGAGAGGAAUUCAAGACGGUGCCUACGGACACAAAGGUGGCAGCAGGAGAAACAGCGCUCCUGUUGUGUGGUCCACCCAGAGGAUACCCAGAGCCUACCUUGGUAUGGAAGAAGGACGGGAUGCCGCUGGACAUUGAUGGAAGAAGGAUCCGCACAGUGGAUGGCGGCAAUUUGAUGAUCGUGGAUGUGAGGCAACACGACGAAGGAAAGUACCAAUGCAUCGCACACAACGUGGUGGGGUCGAGAGAAUCGCCCGAAGCCACCCUCAGAGUUUACGUUAAGCCGUUCUUCAACAAAGAACCUCAAGAUGUAGAAGCAUUGGCCGGGCAAAGAGUGACAUUCAAAUGUUUGGCUGACGGCGAUCCGCCACCUAAUGUUGUUUGGAGAAGGGACGAUGGAAAAAUGCCCUUGGGAAGGGUUUCCAUACAAGAGGACAAGUCCCUUCAAAUCGAGAACGUGCAACUGGGCGACGAGGGACUCUACAUUUGUAACGCCGAGAAUAUCGUCGGAAGCUUUGAGGCGAAGGCAUCUUUAGUAGUAAACUCGCCACCCACCUUCGUAGAACGACCAAAAGACCAAAAAGCUUCCCUUAACGGGGUGGUGGAAUUGCACUGUUCGGCCACUGGACACCCUAAACCUUCAGUGUUUUGGAGCAAAGAAGGCUCACAAAUCUUGAUGUUCAGUGAUAACUCUAAUGGUCAUAUGCACGUCAAUGCGCAUGGGACAUUGAGGAUUCAAGGGGUGCAACGGGAAGAUGCAGGGUUUUUGGUCUGCAAUGCUCUCAGUGUUGCAGGGUCCAACAGUGUUAGAGCUUUUCUUCAGGUGACUUCUGUAGCUGAUCUGCCUCCGCCUAUCAUUCAAAUAGGACCAGCCAAUCAGACUCUGCCUUUGCACAGUGACGUAACUCUCCAUUGCAAGGCUUCUAAUCCCGAAGGAGAGCCACCCAGCAUACGAUGGUUACGAGAUGGGAAUCAAUUGACGCACAAUAACCUUCCCAAGCGUUACACCUUGAAUCCUGAUGGGACUCUUGUGAUUGAUGAUUUGAGAAUGGAGGAUUCCGGCCUUUACACCUGCUCAGCCACAUCUGAGAGUGGAGAAAGCGCCUGGUCGGCGUCUCUGAAUGUGGUAGAAGGCGCCAAUGCGCCCCUUCAUCGCAGCCCCGAUCCAUCCACUUUUCCUUUGGCCCCUUCAACGCCUACCAUUCUCAAUGCAACCGAGUCCAGCAUGAGCCUGUCUUGGGAGGCGGAUGAAUCCGACUCCACUCUGGUAGGGUACACGGUGGAGUACUGGAGUCCGGAUCUCCAAACUGGCUGGGUAAUCGCUGCCCAUCGAGUCCAGACCCCUUUCAUGCUGGUUAAAGAACUGAAGCCAGACAGUUCGUAUGUCUUCAUUGGUAAGUGCUGAACUGUCUUUUGCAAAAAUGCGCAGGGCUUGUCGCCAGCCAGCAAAGUUUCAGCUACAGCACGUACUUUGGCCAACACACGUUCCUUACCCAACUCAGAACUGGACACUGCCAGAGCCGCGCUGAGCACAAAGCUGAUUGAUCUGCAGGACGCCAGAUCGCAAAGCUCCGGAUCCGUCCGCCUGAUAUGGCUACUGGCUGCUGUGGACUAUGUCGAAGGCUUCUACAUCAGGUUCAGGGAGCUGUCGGGUGGCUCGCACAACUACAACAUCCUAACGGUGCUGAAUAUCGAAACAACAUUCUACACAGUGACCAACUUGAAGAAGUUCACCAAGUACGAGUUUUUCAUAUCGCCGUUUUACAAGUCGGUUGAGGGCCAACCUUCGAAUUCCCGAAUAGCACAGACCUUGGAGGAUGUGCCGUCGGCGCCCCCCGAUACGAUAACAGCAGGUUUCUUCAACAAUACGGCAGGCUGGGUGCGGUGGUCGCCUCCUCCCCCUCAGCACUGCAACGGAAUCAUCACGGGGUACAAAAUCCAAAUUAAGGGCGGAGUCACGCGAACCAUCACUAUGAAUGCCACCACUACCUCCAUCUUAAUCAGCAACUUGACUACGGGAAAUCCCUACAGCGCUCGCGUAGCUGCAACUACUAGUGCUGGACAAGGGCCCUUUUCAGCGUCAGUGCCUUUGUUGACGGCUCCAAGGGCUCAAAGUCCGCGCACUUUAGGCCCCCUGGUGCCUUUGGUGCGGCAGACUUGGUUCGUGGUGCUUCUGGCUUUCAUUGUUCUCGCGCUGCUCGUCGGAGCGGGAUUUUUAUUGUAUCUCAGAGGAAAGCGUUCCAUAACGAAAGAAUUGGGCCACUUGGAUGUGCCAGUGGUGAACGCAUCCCAUCUCAGUGCCAAAGAGAGUUUGUGGAUCGAUAGAGGGUGAGUGGAAACCAAGUGCUGUUUGC